UGUCGUCUUCCUGGAGUGGUUUCUGCCCAGAGCUCUGCGGAAAGGUUGGGAGGCCCGAGGAGGCUCCUGAGCGGGCAGAGCGAGGGCAGUGGAGGUGCCUGUGGCAGCCGCGUCCCCACGCUCAUGACUUGCCUUCAGCUGAUCAGUUUGAUUUACUGAGUCAAUACUUCAGGCUUGCUGACAAAUGGAUGACAGCUAUUCUAAAGCGUUUCUUGGCCAUGGCAGUAAUUCAGAAGAUGAAUAUCUCAAAAAUAGAAAGUCAUCUAGUUUGAAUUCAUCAAAAGAGAUCAGAAAGGCUGUUGAAGAGUGUCUGUCAUCGUCUUCAAAUACUCUGGAUGUCAGUAGAAAAAACAUUCAGCAUCUUACUGAGGAAAUAUAUAAACUGCCCAACAUAAAGCACUUUCAUGUGGAAAGAAAUGUCCUAUCAGCGAUUCCCGAGGAUUUAUUUCAAAAGCUGCCACAUCUUGUUUGGCUGGAUCUCCGAUACAACAAGAUUAAAACUAUUCCACCUGGAAUUGGCUACCACAGGCAAUUGAAAGCUCUGCUUUUAGAAAGAAAUCCUAUAAAAGAGCUGCCUGCAGAGCUUGGAAACUUAACUUCGUUGACAGCCUUGAAUCUGAGACAUUGUCCCCUAGAAUUUCCACCCAAAGAUGUCAUACAGAAGGGAUUAAAAUCCAUUUUGUGCUUUCUUCGAAAUUGUGGGAAUGGAAGACUCUGUAUAGAGCCAGCUACUUCAGAAAUGCCAGCUGUUGAAAAGCUAAACUUAGCUGAAUUGUUGCAGUCCGGUUUGGAUUUGUCAGAUGAGUGGCCUAAUGAAGAGGAAAAACUAAGAUUUGAGAAGUUGAAAGAAGAAAUUAUAAAAAAUGAAAAAGAAGAAUUUCUUGCAAAUCAACGUUUUGUUGUACUCCAUGAUUUUACUGAAGUAGGGAAAAACCACAGAAAGAAAGAACAUCUCUACUCAAAGUCAGCUCGUCUUUGCAGGAGCAUGUCCACACAGAGAGAUAAAUUUCCUGAGUUUCUAUCCUAUGGUUGGAUGAUUCAGACAAAGCUAGCUGAAGCGUACAAAUUGGCAGCAGCAAAGGAGCUGACAGAGGAAAAAGCUUUAAUUGAACAAAGGAAAAAAGAUGAAGAAAUGUUUCAAGAGUGGCGAAGCCAUGCAAAGUUGAUGAAAGAAAAGAAAGACACAUUGCUUAGAUUUUCACCUUCAAAUGCAGAUAUGAUAUCAGAAAAUGCACCAUAUGCUAUGGAUAACAUCAGUUACUGUGCCAUGAAAGAUGGAGCUGAGAAACAGAAGGACAGUAUACCUGAAAAAAGUGAACAAAGAUUGUUGAAUGUAAAAAGUGAAGCUACAAGAGCCUCCAGAGAAAAGAAACUGAAACAACCUAUCAAACAGCACACCCAAAUGAUGAAAGCAAGAAAAGAAAAAUUAAAAGGAGCACCUCAAGAGGAAAUGAAGAAAGCAAAACAAGACAUUGACAGAGUUGACAAUCUACAGACCAAGCUAGCAAAGCUAAAAGAAGGACUUCAUCCACAGGAGUAUCGUUUACUGCCUUCACAGGAGAGUUUUCACGUGAUUCAGGAAGAACGCACACUCAAAAUACCUUUUCCAAUAUGAAAUGCUGAAUGCCUGGAAUUCUUUAAAAAAACAACAACAAACGGUUCCUCAUGAAAUGUUCACUUCAUAAGAAUGAGACUCCUCUCCUGUCUUAGUCUUCCAAACUGCAUUUGACAAUGUUAAGCCUAUGUUGAUAAUAAAUCUUCUUUAUCUGACCAUAUAAUUUGUCUCUUUUAUAGUACAAAGUAUUAUAAAGUGUUUUCUUCAGUCUCUCUGCACAUUUUUCUCGACCAAACUUUGAUAUGCUUACCAAAACUUUACAUAAAACGUAAUUUCAGAAAUUGUCCCUAACGUUCAGAGAAGCCAUUUGUAAUUUUACUAAUAUGCAGAACUAUGUACUCUUAGGUAACUAAUUUCAUGAGUAAUGUAACUCUGGCCUUACACUGUA